AUGGCCUCGGAUAAACCUCCCAAAGUCCUUUUUGUGAUAGGACCCACGGGUGUUGGCAAGUCUCGUCUUGCCUUUGAUAUCUGUUUGGCUCUCAAAGCGCGGGGGGUCAACGCGGAAAUCAUCAGUGCAGACUCCAUGCAGGUGUAUAGGGGCUGUGACGUGGCGACUGCGAAAGCUACAGCCGCAGAGCGACGCUUGGUCCCGCACCAUCUUCUGGAUGUCUGCGACCCCCAGUGCCCCUUCUCGGCCGCCGAUUAUCUAAGCGCAGCAAAGCAGGUUAUCACAUCCCUCUGGGCAAAGGGGAAUCUGCCGGUGGUGGUGGGAGGCACUCAGCUCUAUAUUGAGCUGCUCCUUUGGGAGUCCGCCGUUGACGUCUCCCACCCCUCGCAGGACAGUCGUCUAGCCGCUUUGUGCAUGUCUUGUCGGGGUAUGCUAAGGUAUGACGCCUGUAUCUUUUGGCUCGAUCUUCCGGACCGCGUAUCCCAUGAACGCCGCCUCCGUCAGCGGCUAGCGCAAAUGUGUCAGGAUGGCCUUCUUAACGAGGUGCGGUGGCUAGCAAAAGAGCUGCAGCUGCGCACCUGGCCUCCAGAUGAGUCCAGGGGCUCGCCAGAGGACUCUUCUAGCGCGGCUAGCGAAACCAACGAUGCUACAUCGGGAGGCCAUAGAGGGCGAAGCAGCGAAGGGUGGCGGCGGGGCGUCUUGCAAGGCAUUGGUUACAAGGAGUUUUUCCCUGUCAUACUGCCACGAAGGGGUGGGGAGCUUGGGUCUGGAAGCCGUGGAGAUCCUUCGGAGUGUCCCACCCUGGAGUCUUGCGUGGACUUGGUAGUGUUACGGUCGCUCCAAUAUGCACGGCAGCAGAGGAAAUGGAUAAAGAACAAGUUUCUCAUCAGAAGGCGGAAUGUCCCGCUUUACUAUUUGGAGGCGACCGAUGCUGUUGCAUCGUGGAAGGAAAGUGUCUGUGGCCCUGCCCUACGGAUUGUCGAGGAGUUCCUUGAGGGGCGGCCCUUCGCUGAAUCGGCCGAGCUCUCCGCUGCCAUGCAGAUGCCAGGUGAGGUUCUUCCAUGA